GCAAUCUGAUUGAGGAUUGAAGUGAUUUUGGUGGAUUUUGUGGUGAUUGUUUUGUGAGUGGGUGUGAUUGUUUUUGACUGCGGAUUAUCUCCUGUCAAUUUAGGAGAGGGGAGGGGGUGACUAUCGUCAUCAACUUAAACAUUUUGAAAUAUAAUUUUGGAAAUUAAUACAGCUUUUUAGAAUUUUAGGUCAUAUUGCGGUGUCUCGAAUUCACUUGGGUUAGACCGAUAUCGGAAUCGGUGACCAAGAUUUUCGGGCUUAGUCUUCACCGCAGACCUUGAUCAAUUAUUAAUUGGGAUUCAAAUAUUAAAUUCUGGUACUUUUUAGGGGUUUUACAGACUAUUAUUGGGUAACUUAAAUUAAUCGAAGUGUGUUUGCGGAGUGAUUGGACUAGUGCAUUUGUGUAGUCUUGGUUUUAGACUUUAUUAAUCAUUUAAUACAAUUUAGGUUAUUUAGAUUUAGAUCUGGUUAAACCGGGGAAUUAUUUAUAGAAUAUUGACAUUGCCUUUUUCGGAAGGAAUUAUCGGUGUUUUUUGCAUGACUGUGUAGCCUGGCAGUGGUUUGAAUUACUUCCGAUGGGUUGGGACCCAGAAGUAGUUUAGACUGGACUGAGGCCAGCAUAGUUAUCGUUGUUUCACUGAUUAUUUGUCGGUGGCUAAAGUUUUAGGUUGUGUUCCCGUCGGACGGUGUGGCCAGGAGCAACCUACUGCUGAAGCGGUUAAACUUUGUCGAUAUUUUGACAAUUGUUCUUUGGAAUAAUUAGAUCUGGGCCUAGUUAAUUUCUAAUUUAGGGUGUUAGUUUUAUUUAUAGGCUUUUCUAUUAUUUUGCGGUGUGUUUUAUUAAAGGUGAUUGUGUGUAUGCUUGGGUGAAACUAACUCGCGGAAGUUGCGCGUCGGCUUUGUGCAAAGCUGCGCCGUGCAAUCGUCGCAAAUAAUAGUCUGAUCAGAAUAAUCACGUUAAUACCUACGUGUUUAACAGCAUUUAAAUCAACUGGCAAGCUGACAUUAAAUCAGGCCAGUGUUAGCCUUGAUAAAGGCUUGAUGAUUUAUUAACAAUUGUUUUAUUGAUUGAAUUAUUACUAAUAGUGUUCAACCAACACAUAGCAACAUUGUUGCAAUUAACUGGCAAACCAAACGGUAUAAUCAGGCCAGUGUUAGCCUUGAUUUAGGCUUGGGGAUUUAUAAUCGGGACAAUUAUCAAUCCGGUUUAAAAUAAUUAUUGUUUUAUCAAUUAUCGAUUGGGAUAUUACUUUAAUUACUUGUACAAAAUAUUUACAGGGCUGAACUAGUGCCUUUUGGGUAUUAAUAUUUCACAUUACAAUUUGCUAGUUUAGGCCCAAGACUUUUGGAAUAUUUACUGGACAUUUUUUGAGUAAUAAUUUUGGGAAUUCAAUUAUAAGUUUUUUGUAUAACAGAGGGAUAACUCAAUCACGGUUUGAGCCCUCAGUUUACAGCCGGACAAUCGGUAAUUUAUUGUCGGGUAUUCGAACCCGAAUAACUUGCCUAAGUUUGGAAUUUUAUAGAUAGCAAAUUUAAACCUGCAUAAUUAUCUCAUUGUUUUAAUAAAUGAAUGAUAAUCUUAACCAACAGUUUCUGAUUGAAGUACAGGGCAGGUUAAGGAUAUUAAGGAUUCUGUUACGAGCAUACCGUGCUAGAGUUCUUAAUAGGCAGGAGGUAAUUCAAGCAUUGGUGUACCUUCUACUCCAACAAUAGUGGUUGCUGUUAAUUGAUUUUCUUUGGGUAAAUUCGGUUGAGUUUGCAGUGAUCACUGUUAAUUGAUUUUCUUUGGGUAAAUUCGGUGGGCUUUGCAGUAGCCCACAACAUGGCUGAAUCGGACCAUAUACCGAUUAAUUCGUGCUCUCUUUUGGAGAUAGCGACCGUGCCCGGUAUGACUACAGCGGGUCUCGCGGUCAUUGCGGAAACCCGGACGCAUGAUGGGGUAAUUACCCCAGAUCUAUUUGCGUCUGUGCCAAGCCUGGGAAGUGUCCAGGUGGAAAGGUUUGAUUUUUCCAUUCCGGCUGUGCCGACCACAGCUACAAGCGGAGACACUCCGCCUCAACCAGCUGAAAGUUCAGCAGGGUUUCUAACUAUCCCGGAACCUAAUCCGGUGGUAGCUAAUACUCCUAGUGGAUCCUCCAAUCAGCAUGCACUUCCACUUGACUUACACUCACCUCCUGAACAUACCAGAGGUGGUAGGUUAUCAAGUUUCAACAGUGCCAUAGCUGCUGAUGUAUUACAGGCCAGCGUUAGGCAGAGCUCCUUCCUGAGACGGGACAAUCCCUUUUCAGGUGACAACUUCGGAUCCAUGCAGAGUUCGUCAGUACCUCAGAAUGAGAGGCCUGAUCUUCCUCCGGUGGAAGAUUUCCCCCACUAUGCUAAUUCGGGGCAUUCACCGCCUUAUCUGGAUGUUCAAGCGGUGCCUUCAAGUGCCCCAGUCUUCGGGCGUAUGCCCCAACCAGCAAGUGCUAGACUUCGCUCACGGGCAGGCAUAUUCUUUCAAGAAUUGCCAAAAGGCCUUUCUUUUGACGGCAAUACAAAAUGGGACCCAUUCUUUCGGAAGUUCACACUUCUAGCAGCAGAUCAAGAAUGGGAUGGCCAGGAAAGCUUGGCCUAUCUCUGUUGGUGCCUUGAGGGCAAAGCUCUUGCUUACUAUGAUAGAUUGGCCGCACAGAAUCCAGCUAUGGAUUUCACUGUUGCCAUCCGGAAGAUGGCUGCUCGGUUCAACUUUUCAGAACUACCUGAGUCCUCCCAAUUAAAAUUUAUGGCUGCCAAACAGGAGGCCAGUGAGUCUUUGGAGGAGUGGGUGGAUCGCCUUCAAGAUCUUGCAGUUCGCGCAUUCCCGGGUAGUCCGGAGAGUUUUCUCCAGCAGCAGCUUGUACUUCGCAUGUGCCAAGGUGCAUAUGAUCAUAAUGCGGGGUACCAAGCCCUGAAUCACCGACCCAAGUCGGUGGAGUCGGCAGCUGAGGCAAUCCGUUGGGCCCAGCAUUCUCAUAACGCUGUGUUUGGCCGAUCAAAGCCUGCAAGAGUGGCCGCAACUCGUGCAGGUAAUCCCUGUAAGCGGAUGGUAAAUCAGGUCCAUCCAAUUCCUAGCUAUCCGCAGAGCAAUACAGGGAAUGCCCUUCCAAAAUCUACAUGUACUGGUACAAGAACUAACCAGUUCAACCCCAUUGGCAUGGGGAAUCUGGUCGAACGACUGGAUGGGUAUGAAGGCCGACUGGAUGUGAUCUCCAGUAGUGUGGCCAAGCUCUGCGAAUCCAUCAAGGCAAUGAAGACGUGUCUUUCCGGAGACCAUUCACUGAGGAAUAAAACGCCCUCGGUUUCUUUCCUUGACCUUGAGGGAAACGAUGUGGGGUCGGGAAUGAUGGCCGAAUCUCGACCCAGGAACAGAUCGGCCAAUCUGGGUCAAGAAUAGAU